GUGGUGGUGGGGUCUUUCCCAUCAAUAACGCGCCUUCUUGAAAUGAUUUGGGUACAAAGAGCCUAGGUUCAAAUCUUGACUUUGUUCCGGGCCACGGUGGUAGGUGCCUGGGAUAUAAAGGCAAAAAUGAACCAGUUUCUGCCCCCGAGGGGUUUCCGUACUAUUAGAGGAGGAGGAGGAGGAGAGGAAGAGGAAAUGCUUGACACUGAACAGUAAAUACAAAGUGGAUACAAAAUUAUUCGAAGAGGAGGGGGCGGUAAUUACUACUUUAGGCAAGCCACACCACAAGCCCCAUGGACCUCAGUUGCCUUCGCUGUAAAAUGUAAGCUCGCAUGACCGCUGAAUUCUUUUCCAAAGUGAAACCCCAAGUCAACAUCCCCUUUUAGUUGAUUUUCGCGUCACGGACUUUUUUUGACCCUCGGAGGAGCCCGUAAGUCUCGCGACACUCGUCGCGAAGCGAGAGGAAGUGUCAUGGCGGCUUCCAGGAUUUCUUCGUCAGACGGGCUAAGAGGGAAAAUAAUGGACUUCUUCUGGUUUGCCUGGUAGAAGUUAUGGCUGUUGAUGAAUUUUCAGGAAUCUUAAAGCAAUAACAAAAUGAAUAACAAAACAAGUUCCUUUUUAUGGAACUUCAGACAAUUGAAACUAAACAUUUGUCCAUUUGGUUCCACAAGCAUUAGAAGAUUGAUGAAAGUAGACCCUUUGAAGCUUCAUAAAUCAAAAAUUACGUAUCAAAGUAACUCUCUUCAGAAACCUCAGUCAUCUGUUAGAAAUUUCUGUCAAGGUGUGUUAGCUUUUCAGUUGGAAGGCAAUGAAAUCCAAAAAAGAAGCCUAAGUACAUUAACAUCAACUUCAGUUGGCAAACUCCUAAACCCUAGACCACUGUCUUUUGACUCACAAUGCUUUCUCAUGUCAAACACAACACCUCAACUUGCUGAAGAUGGGCUGAAGAAAAUAACGGACUCUGUUGAACAUGAUCUCUCUCCAAAGGAAAAGCAGUUAGACUUUGGCAAACAGAGGGACCUCAUUCAACAGUGUAAUUCCAUGAGUGAUGUAUUAGAUGUGUUUUCAAAGUAUCCUAGGUUUUCCUGCUGUAACUAUUUCAUAACUAUGUGGAAAAUUGCUAAAAAUAUGUCUGAAGACCAGAAGCGCGUUGAAAGACAGUUGCUUUAUGAACAUCCUGCUUUUAAGCAGCUCUGUGACCACGUAAUGAAAGAAGCCAAGAUUGUAAGGCUUCAACAGUUGAUGUUCACUCUGUAUGCUGUGAUCAGGAUUGGAAUCCCUCAGAACAUUUAUCUAGUUCAGGUCUUGCUGAGGGUCGUACAGGAACGUAUCAAUGAAUGUGAUGAGACGAGUCUUUCAGUUUUGUCACGUACCUUAGAAACCAUGGAGGAGAGCAAAAAUGUGGAUGCCCUUCGUGCAGCAUUGCGGCUAUUAGUUGAUAAGCAAAUUUGGACAAUAGAACACAUCCUUACUCUACAAACUAUGAUGAAAUGUAUUGGAAAAGAUGCCCCAUACCCUCUUAAAAAGAAAAUGGAGCUAAAAGCCUUGAAAGAAUUAAAUAAAUUUUCUCAUGUAAAUAGCCAGUAUAUGUUUGGUGCCCUGGCUGCUUUGAACCACCGUUCUUUGAUUCUCCUGAAUGAAUGCAGUAAAAUGGUUGUUGCUAAUAUCCAUGGAUGUCCUUUUUGGAUGUUAAUGAACAUACUGCAAUCCUGUAGGAAACUCCAGUACCAAAAUUUAGACCUCUUUACAGCAAUUGGUGACUAUGUAACCACAACUUUUGACAUGUGGAAAAUGAAACAAGUUCUUGCUUUUCUAUUUGCUUUUGAGACCUUGAGAUUUAGACAUAUUGGUUUGAUGAACAUGUUUCUUAAGAGAGUGCUGGAUGAAUCUCAGUCUCUGAAUCAGAAAGAAAUUUUAUGUAUUCUUCAUAUAUAUUCCUCUCUCAACCAUUUCCAUGAAUGCAAGAACCAAGAGUUCUUAGAGGUUAUCACAAGUGCUUUGAAUACUUAUCUUCCCAAAAUUUCAUCCUUAAACCUAUUGAAGGCAGUGUACUGCUUUUGCUUGUUGAAACAUUUCCCCCAAGACCCUUUUAAUCAACUUCUCCAGGAGAAUAUCAUCAAUGAGUUGCUGAUGUCAGGUAAUGAAAGUUCCAAGGCUGAGAACAUGCUACAUCAGGUGAAUGCUUGCUUGGAAUUUGAAGACACCUCAGUCCUUCAGUCCAUACCUAUAACGUUGAAGGAAUGUUCCUCAGACUCGUUUUUUUCAAAUGUAGAGGUUGAAGACGUGUUGUUAAAUCUUUUCGAAAAUAAGAGACUAUUUUUAAAAAAUGUACAACUGCCCCAUAAUUAUUUUGUUGAUUUUGAAUUGAGAAUGGAUUCUAAGAGAAGCCAAGUAUUUCCAGUUUCUGAAGCAGAUGUGUUCGUGGCUAAACCAGAUAUUCUCAGAGUGGCUUUGCUCUGUGUUCCUAGAUCUGCUUUCUGUUUUGGCACCACCCACCCCAGAGGAGGGCUGGGGAUGAAGAUGCGUCAUUUAAAAGCUCUAGGUUUUCAUGUGAUCUUGGUCCAUACCUGGGAGAUUAAGAGAUUGGAUAUGAACCCCGCCGUCACAUUUCUGAAGACCCAAAUCUUCUCACAAGAAGCUUUCCCCACUGCUACUGAAUUUGCAGCGUGAGAUACUCAAAUAAAAGGAAGACUUCAUGGGGGAUAAGUUUCCAUUAUGAGAAGGAACACAUGGAUGGAUUGUAGUAUUUACUAAAGCCUAACUCUACUGCCAAAGGAGGUUUUUCUGAGUAUCUCAUUGAAACAGAUGAUGUAAUUACAAGUGUGCACUGCUGAAAAUGACCAUAUCUGACUGGAAGAAUUUUAGCUCAGAAAUUUUCAUUUAAUUAAUUUAAAUAAAAAUUUCAAAGCAGAUAAAAUAU